AUGGCAACCUGCCACUGCUCGGACUCACCGCAAUGCCACCACCGCCCCCUGCUGGGAUACCCCAAGCUGCAAGACCAUAAGAGGAAGACUGUGCCUGCUGGCGGCGGCGUUCUUGCUGAGGUGGCCUCCAUCCUCUGCCUCACAGGCCCAAUGGUUGGCGCCGGGAUCCUCCUCUACCUGCGCUCCCUCGUGUCUAUGCUAUUUCUCGGUCGCCUCGGCGAGCUCCCUCUCGCCGGCGGCUCCCUCGCGCUCGGCUUCGCCAACAUCACCGGCUACUCCGUGCUCUCCGGCCUCGCCGGCGGGAUGGACCCCGUCUGCGGCCAGGCGUUCGGCGCGGGACGCACGGAUCUCCUUCGCGCGGCACUCCGGCGCACCGUCGUGCUGCUCCUCCUCGCUUCCAUCCCCAUCUGCGUCCUCUGGGUCGCCAUGCACCGCGUCCUCGUCGCCACCGGCCAGAACCCGGAGAUCGCCUCCACGGCGUACGCGUACAUCCUCUGCUCCGUCCCCGACCUCGUCGUGCAGUCCUUCCUCCACCCGCUCCGCAUUUACCUCCGCGCGCAGUCUGUCACGCUCCCGCUCACCUACGCCGCCGCCGCCGCCGUCCUCCUCCACGUGCCCAUCAACUUCCUCCUCGUCGACGUCCUCGGCCUCGGCAUCCGCGGCGUCGCGCUCGGCGCGGUCUGCACCAACCUCAAUUUCCUGCUCUUCCUCGUGGCGUACGUGUGCUUCUUCGGAAUGUACAGCCACGAUGACGGCGACACGAAAGCGUGCGCGGCGCCGGCCGAGGAGGAGUGCGCCAAGGAGUGGUGGAGCCUGGUGAGGCUGUCCGUGCACAGCUGCAUGUCGGUCUGCUUGGAGUGGUGGUGGUACGAGAUCAUGGUGCUCCUCUGCGGCGUGCUCGCGGACCCAAAGGCGGCGGUGGCGACCAUGGGUGUGCUGAUACAGACCACGUCGCUCAUAUACAUCUUCCCGCACUCCCUCGGCUGCGCGGUGUCCACGCGCGUCGGCCACGAGCUCGGCGCCGGGCGACCGGAACGGGCGCGCCUGGUGGCACGCGUCGGGCUCGGCCUUGGAGCGGCGCUCGGGCUCGUGGCGUGCGCAUUCGCGGUGUCCGUGCGGGGAGUGUGGGCGCGGAUGUUCACGUCGGACGAUGCAAUCCUGCGGCUCACGGCCGCCGCGCUCCCGCUGCUGGGUCUGGCCGAGCUGGGCAAUUGCCCGCAGACGACGGGGUGCGGCGUCCUGCGCGGCAGCGCGCGGCCUCAGAAGGCGGCGAGGAUCAACGUCUGGGCGUUCUACGGCGUGGGCAUGCCGGUGACGCUGGCGCUGGCGUUCCGGCCGGCGCACCUGGACUUCCGCGGGAUGUGGGGCGGCAUGCUCGCCGCUCAGCUGGUCUGCGCCGCGCAGAUGCUGCGCGCCGUGCUCGGAACCGACUGGGAGGAGCAGACGGAGCGCGCGCGUGAGCUCACCGGCGGUGGUACCGCGGACGCCGGCGACAUUCUCGAUGAAGCCGACGGGCACAAGAGAAAGCAUGCAGAAGCCACCAAAGCAGGCGCCGACAACGCAAUGCUCAUGGUGGCCAGUUGUGUGUAG